UACAAAUUUGUUCUUCACGCUGAUUCGCCGAAAUUGCUAAAGUUGUUUUCGAGUGUCAAAAACUGCUCUUCUUGAAUCGAGUUCCGAGUUUUGUGGAAAAAAGUGAAUUUGUGAUUGGAAAAGAAAAAAAUAAAAGCUCGUUUAAAACGAGGAAAUACAAUAAAAUGGCAUACAGCUGGGAUAAUCGUGUUGAUUUUAUAGUCAAAUUUCUUUAUGAUAUAGAUAAUAAUGGAGUAGUAGAUCAACAUGAUUUUGAAUGUAUGGCUUUAAAAAUGACUCUCAUCGAGGGAAGGGGAGAAUUCCACUACAAUCGAUAUCAGGAAAAUUUACACAUAAUGAUCUCCUUAUGGGAAGAAAUUGCCGAACUUGCUGACUUAAACAAGGUAAAGGAUGGAAUCGUAACGAAUGAAGAGUUUAAAAGAGCUGUGCAAAUGAGCUGUGUUGGACGUCCGUACCGCGAAUUUCCCCAAGCAAUGAAAAUGUUCAUCGACAGUCAUUUUAAAUUAGUUGACUUGAACGAUGACGGUGUAAUAGCAGCGGACGAAUUUCGUUAUAACUGCGUUACAAGAAUUCCAGUCGACAAUGUCGAUAUUCUUGAUGAAUCCUAUCAGCACCUUUUAAAUGACGACGAUAGAAGAAGAGGUGGAAUAACUUUGUCUCGUUACCAAGAACUUUACGCCCAAUUUCUGGGUAACCCAGACGAAAAUUGUCCAGCAGUUCAUCUAUUUGGUCCAUUGCACGAACUAUGUUGAUUUUAUAAAAGAACACGAAAAAAUAUAAACCUCAUGCAACUGUACAAAAAGACAAGUUUAAUAUUAUAUUUAAUUUCAUAAUCAAGAAUGAAGAAAAAUAUUCUAAUG